AUGCCAGAGCCAGUCUCCUUCCUAUUACGUAACCUGUCCCCUAAUCUGCAACCUAUUUCCGCGUGGCACGCUUCUAUGAUAAUCGACAGCAAGAGCAAGUCGGUCCAGACCCUACCUGUGUGGUUACAAGAUGUCUUGGUAAACGGGUUAGGUUUCUGGCAAAGUGGCCUCUGCCUCCGUGACGGAAGAUGGCGACAGUUUGAAUGUUUAGACUGUUUUGAUAUUGAUUCGGUUCAUAACGACUUUCAGCGAGGGAUUCUUUAUGUUUUGUUCUACCCUGACUUGGUUGAGAAUGUAAUGUGUGCUUGGGCAAAGUACCAGGGUGAUAACGGCCAUGUUGUGGAAACCCUAGCUGCUGGAUGUUAUUCUCCCACUAGAAAAAUUGACUGGUGCGUUUAUGUAGCCUGA